CUGUCUACCAACAAUCCAUACAAAUCGACUAACAUUGAAACUAUAUAUGAACUUGCCAUUUUGGACUUUCUAUUUCCACUGACAGUUACCAAAGAUUUACAUCGUUACAUACCUUUCUUGGGCUUCAGUAACUUUGUCCGAAUGGGUGAUCCUGAAGAAGGAGAGGAAGAACAAUUAUGGUUUUCACGAUGUAUGGUAUCUACCAGCUCGAAUCCGGAAAUAGCUACUUCUCCGGAAACAUUGCUGAAUGAAGUCGAAAUGUACAAAGCUCCACAUUUUGGUGAAAUGGAAUGGACUAGAUGUCCUAAUACAGUGAUCAGCUUUUUGGAGAAAAUGCACCUUACAUCAAGAGGAUAUCGCCUAGUUAGAAUCAUUAUGCCAACAGAAGAGAAUGAUGGAUCGUCUUAUGAGGAGUACAGCGAAGUACAUCUACAAUAA